CAACGAAACAAGUUUUUGUGUUAAAUGCGGAGUAAAUAAGGUUUUGUUUAGAUUAGUGCACCGCACACAAUCAGUCACACAUCAUAAAAUGUACCCUCGUAAAAAUUGUACAAUUUUGUUGAAAUAGGAAAAUAGCCCAUAGCUCAACUAUCCGUAGCACAUUCCGAAGCUAGUUUCAUUCAUGAGUAUUAUUAGUUUCAAAAUAUGUAAAUCUGAUGCACUUCAAGAAACAAGGCAUAUCGGAAGAUGAAUAUGCUCUGAACGUUAGAGUUUUGCAUAAUAAGAUUCACUGCCUGCUUUUAUGUUCAUAUAUAUAUAAAUACUUUCUUUGUAGUAAUAUACUAAUUAAUAAUUAAUCAGGCAAGAAACAAAUUAAUGGACAAAACAGUACUCAAGAGAAAUGUUUCCCUUGGUUUGUUUUUUUUCUUUGUUGGUGUGGAAUAUUCGGUAAUUAUUCCGACAUUAAAUGGAUAUCUGUCAAAGUUGGGCGCCAGCCAAGAAUUUCUCGGCAUUGUCAUCGCCUCUUUCAGCUUCACAGGACUAAUUACAGCUCCAAUAUACGGACGAAUAACUGACACGAAGAAGUCAGGAAAACUAUGCAUAUUAGUCGGGAAUGUUUUCGAAGUAGCGGGAAAUUUUCUAUAUUUUGGCAGCAACAACAAAUACUUGGUACUCAGCGCUAGAGUCGUAGCUGGUAUAGGAUCUGGUGCAACAUCGUCAAUAUUCGGUAUGUUAGCGCGAUCAACAACUUCGAGAGACAGAACCUCGGUUUUUUCAUUACUGAUGUCUUUACGUCAAUUGGGACUUCUGGUAGGUCCAAUUUUCAGUGUUUUACUUAAUAAACUGGAUGCUAAGCUUGGGCCUUUCGUAGUCGACCAAUACACGUCACCUGGCCUUUUAAUGGCAGUGGACAGUGGUAUGGUGAAUGACGACUUCACACAAACAUCUGUCAGUGAGGAACCUACUUCUGGAGCUGAAAUUCUUGUUCAGGAUCAUAUCUCAAAUAUGAAAACCGUUGCCAAAGAAUUAUUACAGGAUGGAGUGAUAGUCUGCUUUACAGCGACUUUUGUGACCAUGUUCACACAGAUCGGCCUAGAAACUUCUGCGGCACCCUUAACUUUACUUUUCUUCCAGUGGACAGGUUUGCAAAAUAGUUAUUUGUUCAGCGGAGCCGCCUUUGUCAUGAUUUUCAGCUUUUUUAUUCUAAGUUUUUUAAGCGCCAGAUUUAAAAUUUCCGACCGAGCAAUUCUUCUUAUUGGAUGUAUCGGCAUGAGCAUAAGUUAUAUAAUGAUGCUCACUGGAGCGAUGUUGCUUCAAUCACGAGUUAACUUGAGACAGAGCUUUAAAUUGUUGUUACCCAUUUUUUUGAUAAACGCCGUCGUUCUGACGGUUAGCAUACCAUUUGUAUGGGUGCCACAAGCAUCUUUGCUCUCGCGGUUGACUAGUAUGUCGAACCAAGCGUUUAUUCAGGGCAUACGACAAAUUAGUAUGGGGCUUGGACAAAUUAUGGGCCCGUUAUGGGCGGCAUCUUUAUUAACCUAUAACACGUUACCGAUUUUGCUUUCCAUUGAUUUGUUUUUAAUACUAUUAUUAUCUUCGAUGACAGUUUAUUCUUAUAAAGGUCUAUCUCAAGAAAAUUCAGAAGAAAAUGAAUCUGACGAGGCCCUGUUAAUUGAAGAAAACUCCCCUAUUUUAGAGUGA